GCGCGCCUGGUGUUGGAGGCUGAGGUUGGGGGUUCAAAACUACAGAUUCACUUACAAACAGCACCCUCCGGGCAGCCGCGCCUAGAACCAGCUCCGCCACACCUCCCUAAAGUUACUCCCAGCAUCUUCGCGUCUUUUCCGGCCUCCACUCGUCUUCCGCUCAGGCCAGGCCAGGACGAUUUUGUUCCUUCCUGGUCGCUUCCGUGUUACGCUCUUCUCGUACUACGGUAUACCUUUCAGUAUUGCGACGGCUUCUCAUCCUCUGUACUGCCGUCUCCAUGUCUUCCUCGUCGAAGCGCAAGCUCCCUCUCUCCGCAACCGCCGGUCUUUCCACGUCCGAGCAAGCAGGUCAGCCAGGCGGAGCUCCUUCCACCUCCUCGCUCAAGCGCUCCAAAGUCUCCUUUGCAACAGACACAGGCCCGCUCAACGAUGACGGCAGUCUUGACACAGGGAAGGAUGCUGAUCUCACUGGAACCGACCUGGAUCUGGAGGAGCAGGACAGGAAACGCAAUCAGCAGGGGCGCAAGGGGAGGGUAGUGACGGAGGGGUAUGACAGUGAGGAUUCCGAUGAGGAAGAAGAGGAAGAGGAGGAAGAAGAGCAGGUGAACGCAGCUGCACAGGCGGGAGAUGGCGGAGAGGAAGAUGAUGAUAUGUUCGAGGUGAAGGAUUCUAGUGGUCAGACCGGCAGCAAAGGAGCCACGGCUGCUCCUACUACUGCUGCUGGACCCACUUCCGGCAAAGGCAAAGGAGCCGAGCGCUACCUCUCUCUGGGCGAAAUCGAAGGCCAAGAAUUCCAGAGCGGUCCCAGUGGGGCACUGAGUGAUGAGUCGGAUGAUGAAGAUCGAGACCCGGACCUGGAAUUGGAAGAUGAAGAUGAGGAUGAGGACGAAGAGGGUGACGAAGAGAAUAUCGAGGACGAUCCAGUCGCUGCUGGGGAGCGAACACCGCCGCUUAGUCCUGGAGGCACAACUGUCCUCCCACGAGACCUCAAGACGAUCCGCCGUCAAAAGGGACUCAAGGGCAAAGCAGCUCGCAAGCAGAAAGGCAGUGCCGCCAGAGGUACCUCCUCCAACCUGCCCGCUGGUCGACCAGGGGAAGGUAAGUCACAAGCUCAGAUGGACUUUGAUGACGCCGCCAUGGGUUUCAAGCUGGACGGCUUCAACAUGAAAUCUGAAAUGACAUCUGGCCGAUUCGACGAAGAGGGCAACUACAUUCCCAAUGCCAAGGAUCCUCUUGCACAACACGAUAAGUGGCUCGAGGGUAACUAUAGUAAAAAGGGAAUCAGGGCUGCUAGAGAGGCAAAGGAGAAGAGGGAGAGUGAAGCGCGGAGGAGAGAGAGGGAGGAGGAGAUGCUAGCUGGUGCUGGAGGGAUGGAGGGGGUGCAGAUGCGGCUGUUGGAGUAUAUGGAGAAAGGAGAGAGUGUGCUUGAGACGCUGCAGCGACUUGGAAAAGAGGCGAAGAAGGUCAAGGAUGAGGCCAAGAAAGCUGGUAAGCAACAGCAGCGCCGUAGCAAUACACAGCGACGCAAUGGAGCUGCCGCUGCCGCUGUAGACGAUGUCCCACCCGUCGCCUCUACCUCCUCUUCCACCUCAAACCCAGCUCAAAAUGGCCACUCCCAGACGCAAACAUCCACGCCUACGCCCUCUUCCGCGUCCACCCCAUCAGUCAUCAAGGCAAUCGAAACUUUCACCUCUCUCAUCUCAAUGCUCAUGGACCAAUUCAGUCAAGUAAACAUCUACGAGGAAGAGUACGAAGGACUAUUGCGCUCUGUACGCAAAUCAGGACUCGUAGCAGAAGAUUGGGAUCCUGCACGGAGUCGGGGGGAUGAGGUGGAGCAAGAGGAGGCGGAUGUGCAUGGAGGAGCAGCAGCGGCAGAGCCAGAAGCAGAGUCUGGUGUGCUAUACGAGUAUCGUUGGUCCCCCUCUUACCUCCAAGCCACCUCUACCUCCACCUCUACGGAAGACCCCUCGACAGAGACCCCAGUGGAGACAUUUGGUCCCUACGAUCUCCCUACUCUGCGCGCCUGGCGGGAAGCGGGGUACUUUGGUGAUGUAGGACCUCAGGGAAGGGGGAUGGGAACGGAGAGGAUCCUAUUGCGACGAGUUGGGGGUGAGGCAGGAGGUGGUGGCGAGUGGAAGAGCUGGAGUGAGCUACUUGGCGAUCGGUGAUCGGUGAGGGGGAGAGAGAGAGAGGAGUGGAGGGAAGGCUGUGUGUAGGAGUCGAUACCCUUAUCAAUCAAGCAAUAGUAACCCACAGUACUACAACCG